UGUAUGAAAAAAGUUUCCUGCACUCCAUGGUGACAGAAAGGGUACGGACAAAUUUUCUCUCGGUGCCCUGUGAUCCUUCCGAAGUGUUGCUGAAAUCUAGAAAAUUCCCUUCUUUUUCACCUCUUCGAAUUCCGUGGCAAAGUCCUCGAUGACCUUGCGGCGUUGCAAUUUGUUAGCAGCGGUGAGACAUCCAUUUUCGGGUGUCCAAGGACUGUCCAACAUGGCGAUUGCAAUCAGCUUCUCGAUGUGGCUCAAAUCACUGCUAGCGUGUUCUUUCUUGAAACACUCCAUAACAUGGUUGUAAAGUUCUUUCGAGUUCUUGACCUUCUCCCAAUCGCCUUCUUGUUCAGUCGGUCCGACAAGUCCAGUUUUCUGGGCCCACUGCAUGGAAGCUGGCUUGGCAAUCUGGAAGAGUGCAACACAUCGGUCCAUGUCGCCGUCGCCGUAGCAACAGAUUCCUCCUGUAACAGCGUCAACGAAUUCGCUGUUUCCAUAAACCAUUUCCAUCUUUUCCAAAGCCACGUAUUCACCAGACUUGAGUUUGACAAGAUUCUUCUUGCGAUCAACAAUUCGGAUGCUACCAUCUUCCAUGAAUUGACCGAUAUCUCCAGUGGCAAACCACCCAUCGAUGUAGACUUCAUUGGUCUUCUCGGGCAUCAUGUAAUAGCCAGUUGUGACAUUUUUACCUUUGACCAUGAUUUCACCACGUCCCCAGACCUCAUUUCCGUCCACAUCCUUUCGAUCGGUUUUCAGAUAUGCUACACCAGCCUUGUCACAAAUAUCCGGGGUAGAGUCCAAUCGAACCUCAACGCAGGGAAUGGGAGUUCCAGCGAUUCCGGUACGCAUAUCAUCGAUAUGUUGGAUAGUCAAUCCAGCACAGGUUUCGGUCAAACCAUAACCUUGCACCAAUGGAAAUCCAAAAGCGACAUUAAUGAAAGUCUGGACAUCACCGUUAAGGGGACCACCUCCCGAAAGCGCGUGUUGGAUAUUACCGCCGACGAAUUUCUUGAACUUCUUGAAGACCAACACGUUGAACAAGGGAGUGUCCAAGCCAAUUGUGAUGGCAAACGCCCGCCACAUCAAUGCGGUGUUAACGAGUGCUUGUGCAACUGGAGACGACAAUGCGACCUUGGCAACAAUAGCUUUCUUGAUAGUGUCCCAGAUCUUAGGCACGGCUACCAUAUGGGUGGGAGCAAAAGUCUCAAGGGCACCUGUGGGGUAAGCACCGGUGGCAGUCAAUGACUUGGGAUCAGCGUAACUAAUGGAUGCGCCACUUGACAAGCAACAAAAUUCGUACAUGAGUUCGAAGAUGUGCGCCAAUGGCAGAUACCCGAGGUACUUGACGUUUUCAUCCAGGUUAAUGAGCGAUUCUCCGGCAGCAACGCCGGCAACGAUGGAGCUGUGCUUGACAACUACUCCCUUUGGUUUUCCAGUGCUCCCUGAUGUGUACAUGAUCACAGCUGCCGAUUCCGGCGCUGGAGGAACCACGGGAUACUUGGAUGUGUCACCUGUCUCGACAAAGUCAUCAAAGGCGAUCACGGUAAGGCCUGCGGGGGUGUCAGUUGGCAUAUCGACUUCCAUAGUCUCUCCCACCAAAUCGUUAGUGUAAAUGAUGGUUUUGAGGCAUGGCAUGUUCUUCGCAUUGUUGACCAGGUACGCGACGUUGGUUUUGUUGCAAACAAUAGCACUGAUGGAGUUGUCAACAACCGCUUCCGCUACGGAAUCAAUUCCAAGCGUAGCAUAAACAGUGGCCACGCCUACACUUUGCGAGAAUGCUCCAAGUGCGGCAAUCAUCCAUUCGGCGCAGGUGUUUUCGAAAAUAGCAAUCCGGCAUGGCUUGGUAACCUUUUCGAGGGAUGCCUCGGGGUCCGAUGCAACGCAACCGGUAGCUGCCAAAGCAGCACCAAACUUGUAUGCUUUUUCGCCGACUUGGCUGUAGGUCAACUCAGUGAUCUCGGUGCUGAAUUCUUUCACCUUUUUGGAUUUCCAUCCUUUGAACUUGCGGCUUCUCAUGCAAAGGGAGGAACCAUGGCUUUCCAAGGUUGUGUUGAAGCAUUCAUAGAGCGUUGUUGCACCAUUCGAAGGGACGGUCGUUAGAUUGCCUUUGUUUUCUGGCAAGACGCGAUGAGAGAAGUCGUCGGCUACAGGGACAGUUCGGAGGGGCUUGGGCUUUGUUAGUGUCGUAAGGACAUUGAUCCAGCCAAAAGUCAAGAGCGAGAUCUGUUGUCAUUAGUUCGAAGCAUAUUGAAGAAAGAUACAAUGCGAUUUGCGUUUGAAAAUAGAAGUAAAAGAAGAAGGAUUUUACGUAAGAGGCACAAGUCAAUCGUGAAACACCGACGUCCUAGUGAUCUUCCUCGUCCAAGUCUGUCUCAUUUUCAUCAAAACUUCUUACCAGGAGAUCGAUCCCGAUCAACAAGAUCUGAAGGGGGAGAAAUACGGGGCUUACGGGGGAGCUAAUGGGUUGGGCCAUGGUGUCUUGCUUUGUUCGAUCCCAGGAAUAAAGGUCCAGGAGACAC